AAGCCGUUCGGACGACAACAUACCUCAAUUGCGCAACCUUCCUGUCAACAACCGCAAUCAUGGCGACCGAGUUGACAGUUCAGUCCGAGCGCGCCUACCAGAAGCAGCCUCACAUCUUCCUCAACCACAAAUCCAAGGCCGCAAAGAGCAGAAGAAUUGGCAAGGGUGGACGAAGAUGGUACAAAGAUGUCGGCCUGGGCUUCAGAACACCAAAGACCGCCAUUGAGGGUGCUUACAUCGACAAGAAAUGCCCUUUCACCGGUAUGGUCUCCAUCCGAGGCCGUAUCCUCACCGGCACCGUCGUCUCUACCAAGAUGCACCGAACCCUGAUCAUCCGCCGAGAAUACCUUCACUUCGUCCCCAAAUAUGCCAGAUACGAGAAGAGACAUCAAAACCUCGCUGCUCACGUCUCUCCUGCUUUCCGUGUCGAAGAAGGUGACCAAGUCACUGUUGGUCAAUGCAGACCUCUCAGCAAGACUGUCCGAUUCAACGUCCUCCGUGUGUUGCCAAGAACCGGAAAGGCUGUCAAGUCUUUCCAGAAAUUCUAGAUUUGCGAAGUGAAAAGUGAAACGCGAAAAAUUGGGUGGCUCGGUUCGGCUUGAGCACAAAGCAUGAGCGGCACUCAGCGUCUUGUGUCAUGGUUAUGGGAAGAGAUCUUCGGCGUCAAUUGAAUGAAGCACAGAUCGAGAUAGAGAAUGUGCCGUUGACAUGGAGCCGCGAUCGAAAUACAAACGGCUGAAAAGUCAACAAUCACGAAAUUCCCCCAGCAUUUCCGAGUCGAAACGGAUGAUCUGUCUACCCACCUCAUUCACCUCGUUCUAUGUUCUAUGUUUCUGCAGUAUGCACCUUUAUGACGGUGUGUCCGGCUCACACUUGCUGCAGGUAGGCAAAUCCAGCUUCGGCUUUCAGAGGUGGGUAUCCCGAACUGUCCACCUUGGGCAGGAUACUCAUCUUCCGCGCCGUCUCUUUUUC